AUGGAUGUCGAUCGAUUGCAGGCUAAGGAAGCAUCUCCGGGGUCGACUAGACUGAAGCAACGAAGUGAAGCUUGUCAUCGUUACCAACGCCAAGGGGUAGAGGACGACGCAUCCAAGUUAAUACUAGAGAGCACGAUGAAGGGAGCUAAGAAUUACUUGAAGAUGUCGAACGAUCCAACUCUAUCGGAAGCAACAUCCAAGUUAAUUAGCUCCGAUUUGAAAGAUAUCGGAGAAGCUACGAGGAAAUUGGCUGAUCAUGUCAUCAAGAUCGGAGUCAGCGGUGGUUUCAUCACUACCUGCCUCCAAUGGAUCGCUUGCUUCGCCGCCAUUUAUUUGUUGAUACUCGAUCGAACAAACUGGAGGACGAAGAUCCUUACUUCACUUUUGGUCCCCUACAUCUUCUUGACUCUUCCUGAGUGGCUCUUCGGAAUUUUGCACGGAGACAUCGGGAAAUGGAUCACAUUAGUAGGAGUCGUAUUGCGUCUCUUCUUCCGUGAACAUUACCCAGAAUAUCUAGAGUUGCCGGGAUCUUUGCUCCUUUUGGUUGUGGUAGCUCCAAACUUCGUCACCGGCUAUGUCAGAAUAGGGUGGAUCGGAGUGAUUGUCUACUUGGUUAUCGGAUGCUAUUUGCUUCAAGAACACAUCAGAGCUUCUGGAGGAUUCAAGAACGCUUUCACCAAGAGCAAUGGCAUUUCCAACACCAUUGGUAUCGUUCUCUUAUUCAUCUUCCCUAUCUGGGCUAUAAUCGGGUUAUUAUUCUGAGAUGUUUUGUGCUUUCUAUGUAUUCGAUAACAUGAA